AACAAUUCCUGUAUUAUUUGAGCCUAACCCCCAAAAUCGACUUUUCAGAUUCCUGAUUUCCUUUUGUAAAACUCCUCUCCCUCUAUCUCCGACGCUUCCCGUCGGUUAUCAGGGGGUUUCAGUUUGUUCUUUCAGAUCGGAGUAGUUUACACGUCGUUGACUUGACUUGAUUUGAUCUGUAACCGUUCGAUAUAAUGAAGCAGAAGAGCCAGCAGAAGAGCCAACAUAAGAGGAAGAAGAAGAGAUCCUCCGCCUCAAAACCUUCCGGUGAUGGAGGAGGAGGAGGAACGGCGUCUGACGGGAACAAAAAAGACUUGGAGGAAGAGAGGAAGGACGACGGUGAAGGUACCAUCAAGGAAAUAGAAAAAAAAAUUAUCGAAUCGUUAAUGGAAGCUUUUUGCUCGGUUUCAAUGGAGGAAGCGACGGCUGCUUAUAAGGAAGCAGGUGGAGAUCUGAACAAAGCCGCUGAUAUUUUAUCGGAUCUGGUUGAAAGCAGUGAUGAUCCGUCGACGAGUUCCUCCUCGGGUCAGGAGACAGCGUCUACAUCUGAGUAUGGUGCUGGGUCAAGUUCUACAUGUAGCGAUGAUUUGACGAGAGAUAGAUGGUUUAAAGGAAAGAAGCAGAGUAGAGUUAUUGCUGCUACAGGGAUGGUUUCUUCUGUGAUUACUAAGGAUCACUUGAAGCCUAACCCUGUGCGUAAAGAGCUUCCUGUGGUUGAACGGACUAAAGAGCUUUGUGGUAACGGGAAAAAAGCUGCCGAUAGAGAGAAAGCUGAACAGUUUCUUAAUUCAAUGCUUGGUGAUGAUUGUGAGCUUAGCAUGGCUGUUGUUAGAGAUGUUCUUUGUCAAUGCGGCUAUGAUGUGGACAUGGCUUUGAAUGUCUUACUUGACAUGUCUUCUUCAUCAACUGAUGAUUCAUUGAGUGGUAAAUCUUUCGGCGUAGGAUUCAGCGAUAGUCUGGCAGAGACAUCUUUUGAUACCGAUACUUCUGAAAGUGAACUUUUCUGGGGAGACUAUAGUCGAAGGGAUUACGCAAAAGUUCUCACGAGUUCGGAAGAUCCUUUUUCAACUAGCCAAGGAAGUGAUGAGCUUGGUCUGCCACAAAAAGUGUUGGAGUCUCUGUUCAACAUCCGCCAGAGUCCUAAACACGAACCAGAGACAAUGAGUUGGAGGAAUGUGGCAAAGAAAAUGCAGUCUCUUGGUAUCGAUGCUUCUUCAUCCAGUGGGGAAGAGACCCGGCCUAAUACGUUCGUGAAGGAUGACGGAUAUCAUGAACUUAGAAAAGGUGCAACUGACCAGUGGAAUGUUACAAAGACCUACUAUCAAAAAGCUGCCGAAGCAUAUUCGAAAGGAGGGAGGGCUCAUGCGGCUUACCUUUCUGAUAAGGGGAGAGUGGCAUCUAAAUUAGCUCAACAGGCUGAUGAGCGGGCAAGCCAAGAUAUAUUUGUUGCGAGAAACAAAGGUAUAGAGAAUGUGGUAACCAUUGAUCUACAUGGUCAGCAUGUUAAACAAGCAAUGAAACUACUGAAGCUACAUCUCUUAUUUGGAUCUUAUGUCCCUUCCAUUCAGACACUGCGAGUGAUCACAGGAUGUGGGUCUUCUGGGUUUGGGAAGUCUAAGGUGAAACAAUCGGUGGUAAAGCUGCUAGAAAGAGAAGGAGUUAGGUAUUGUGAAGAGAACAGAGGGACAUUGCUGAUUAAGCUUGACGGAUGUAGUAGGGAGUUCAGUUUCUUAGACACAGAGAGCGGACUAUGAAUAAGUGAAUACGAAAUCUGAAGUCAGGUUUUUAGGCUUUUAGCCUUAGAGAUCUAUUUAUGUCUAUAUCUGUUGUGUUAUCUGAUACUAGCUCUGUUUGUUUAAGAAGUAAAUGUUAAGUGUUUAAGAAGUAAAUGUUAAGUAAAAAUUCGCUUCCUUAAUUCUCCUUUCCGGAUUUCACGUUAUCUAAGUUACGAAAACACUUUGUCUGACACAGACAGAAAUGUAUAUUUUUCGUAAACU